AUGACAAAUCAAGAAGAAAUUUCUGAAAUUAUAUUAAAAUUAUGUACAAAGAACCAAGAUGGUCAAGAUGACAUGAUAUCAAUUUUAAGAGGGUAUAAACUCUUAUUAGAAUUUUUUAAAUCAAAAUUAUUAGAAUUUGAUAGUUUUAUAGAAAUAUCAAAUAUUCUAAUUAAACACUUAAGAAAAGAGAAUAAUGAAAUUAUUAUAAUGAAAUUAUUAGAAUGUAGUAAAUUUAUAAUUGAUAUCCUAAGUGAUCAAAUCGAUGAAGAAUGUAUAGAUAUUUUAAAUCAAUUAAUUAAUUGUUUUUUUAAUUUACUUGGUAAUGAUGAUUAUUCAAUCGAUUUAGAAUUGGAAGAAUCAAUCUUUGAAAAUGUUAAAAUCAUAAUUUCAAAUUUAAUUCAAUAUUUUGGUUUUAAUAGAAUUUUACCGUUUUUAGAGAGAAUAAUUAAAAAUAAUAAUAAUAGAGAAAUUGAAAAUUCUUUAAAAAUAAUUAAUCAUUUAAUUAUUGAAUCAACAUCAACAUCAUCACCAAUAAUCGAUAUUAAAGAUAUUCAACCAUUAUUAAACGAUUUAAUAACUUUAUUUACAUUACAAAAUCAUCAAUCAAAAUUCCCAUCUUUAAAUUCAUUAAUUAUACAUUUCUUUAAUGAAUAUGGUAAUAAUUUCUUUAAUACAUGUAUUGAUUAUAAUUCUCUUAAUAAUUCAAUUAAAAAAGAAUUAUCAACAUUAUUUAAUUCCUUCGAGAAAAAACAACAACAACAACAACAACAACAACAACAACAACAACAACAACAACAACAACAACAACAACAACAACAACAACAACAACAACAACAACAACAACAACAACAACAACAACAACAACAAAAACAACAACAACAAAAACAACAAAAUAAUAAUAAGAGUAAUGAAAGUAGUAAUGAAUUCGAUACUAUUGAAAAUACAAGUGGCAAUAGUAGUUUUAAUAAUAGUUGUGGAAGUGAAAACUUUAGUAAUAGUUCAAAAUGUAUUAAUAAUUCUUUCCGAGAUAUCUCUAAUAGAGUAUCAAAUUUUGUUGCUGCUGCAAAGUUACAACAGCAACAGCAACAACAACAACAACAACAGCAACAACAACAACAUCAACAACAGCAACAACAAAAACCAAUACAAGAGGAUAGAUUUUCAAAAUUAUCAAAGAAACCACUUGGUAUUCAUUCCUUAAUUAAUAAUUUAACAGAAUCAGACUUUGAGUAUAAAAUGAAUGAAAUUAUUGAGAUAUUAAGUAAUAGUGAUACAGAGUGGAGUAUUAAAUUAAACAAUAUAUUAAAAUUUCAAGCAAUUAUAAAAUCUGGUGCUUGUAAACUUUCAAAUUUUAUCAUUGUUUUCAAUAGAAUUAAAGAAUUAUUAGCAUUACAAAUUUUAGAUAAAAGAUCAAUUUUAAUGAAAGAAGCUUGUUUAACACUUUCAUUAAUUGCUAAAGAAUUGGAACAUCAUUUCGAACCUUAUUUAGAAAAAUAUUUUGAUGUUUUAUUAAAAUGUAUUGUUGUUACUACAAAAAUUGUAUCAGAGUCAUCUGAUAAUUGUAUAAAGUGUAUUAUAUCAUCAAGUAAAUCAUGUAAAAUCAUACCAAGAAUAUAUGAAGCUAUAUCAAGUGAUAAAAGUGUAAUUAUAAGAUCAAAAUGUACUGAAUAUCUUUAUAUUUUACUUAGAGACCUUCCAUCGUCAUCAGGUAACCAUCAUCAUCAUCAUCAUCUCUUUGAAAAGCAUUUGGAUUCAAUUGAAAAAUCAAUUCGUAUUGGAGUUGUUGAUGCAAAUUUAACUGCAAGAUCAUACUCUAGAAAAGUAUUUAUACAAUUCUCUUUAAAUUGGCCAGAUAGAUCAAAUUCUCUUUUUUCAACACUUGAUCCAAGUGCUCAAAAAACAAUUGAAAGUGAAUUAAGUGGUAAUAAUAUUAUUGGUAGUAUUAGUAGUAGUAGUAUUAGUAGUAGUUAUAGUGGUGGCGGUGGUAGUAGUAGUAGUUUAAAAACUCCUUUAACAAAAAAGAUAAUAACAAAUUCAACACCCACAUCUUCAAUAACUAAUAAACCAAGAUCAAAUGUAUUAACUACAUCAACUUCAUCAUCAUUUUUACCACAAAGAAAUGUAGAUCUAUCUACACCUAAACUUACUCCAUCACAUGUUAGUAGUAGUAUUAGUAGUAUUAGUAGUAUUAGUAGUAUUAGUAGUAUUAGUGGUGGACAACCAACAUUCCAAAUCGGAAAACCUUUAAUUUCAAAUAGACCAUCAAUUAAAAAGAUAUCAACACCACCCUUGAUAUCAAAAAACUUUACGUCUUCAAUUAUUACACCACCACAUCAUAAUUUUAGUAUUAAUAGUAGUAUUAGUAGUAGUAGUAGUAAUAGAAGUAGUAGUAGUAGUAAUGAUUCUUAUGAAAAGAAAAGAUUAUUUUCAAGUGUAACUGAUUCUCUCCCUUCAAGAAAGAAACAAAUGAUUAGUCAUCCAAGUUCACCUGAUUCAAUUAGACAACAACAUACAUCAAUUUUAGAACAACCAUUUAAAACUAUUUCGACAAGUAGUAGUAGUAGUACUUCAUUGAUUAAACAACCAUUAAAAAUUUCAAAAUCAAUAACUAACAAUACCAUUAGUAGUGGUAAUCCAAUCAAAAACUAUGUAAGGGAUAUACAUAAUCAACAAUCAAAAUUAUUAGCAAAUCAAAAAUAA